CCAAACGGAAGUGAGGUGUCGCCUAGCUUCAGGACUUCCGGCGGAGGGCGGGGGGAGGCGCAGCUGGUUGUGGUGGUGGGUGCAACAGCCCGAGGGGCUCCCGGAUCUUGGUCGUUGGGCUGGGGCGAUGUUCCGAACGGCAGUCAUGAUGGCUGCCAGCCUGGCUCUGACAUCGGUGGUAGUGGCUCAUGCCUAUUACCUGAAGCAUCAGUUCUACCCAACGGUGGUGUAUCUGACCAAAUCGAGCCCCAGCAUGGCAGUUCUCUACAUUCAGGCUUUCGUUUUGGUUUUCCUCCUGGGCAAAUUCAUGGGCAAAGUGUUUUUUGGCCAGCUCCGAGCAGCAGAAAUGGAGCACCUACUUGAGCGAUCAUGGUAUGCGGUCACGGAAACUUGCCUGGCCUUCACCGUCUUCAGAGAUGACUUCAGUCCCCGCUUUGUGGCCCUCUUCACUCUCCUCCUGUUCCUCAAGUGCUUCCACUGGCUUGCUGAGGACCGGGUGGACUUUAUGGAGAGGAGUCCAAACAUCUCCUGGCUCUUUCAUUUCCGCAUAAUCUCUCUGAUGCUCUUGUUGGGCGUCCUGGAUUUCCUGUUUGUCAGCCAUGCCUACCACAGCAUCCUCACCCGGGGAGCCUCUGUCCAGCUGGUCUUUGGGUUUGAGUAUGCCAUCCUCAUGACCAUGGUGCUCACAAUCUUCAUAAAGUACAUUCUGCAUUCAGUUGACCUGCAGAGUGAGAAUCCAUGGGACAACAAGGCGGUCUACAUGCUGUACACGGAGCUCUUCACAGGCUUCAUUAAAGUGCUGCUGUACAUGGCCUUCAUGACAAUCAUGAUCAAAGUGCACACUUUCCCUCUCUUCGCCAUCCGGCCCAUGUACCUGGCAAUGAGGCAGUUCAAGAGAGCUGUGACUGAUGCCAUCAUGUCACGCCGCGCCAUUCGCAACAUGAACACUCUAUAUCCUGAUGCCACUCCAGAAGAGCUUCAGGCCAUGGAUAAUGUGUGCAUUAUCUGCCGGGAGGAGAUGGUGAUGGGUGCUAAACGCCUGCCAUGCAACCACAUAUUCCACACCAGCUGCCUGCGUUCCUGGUUCCAGCGGCAGCAGACCUGCCCCACCUGCCGCAUGGAUGUCCUCCGUGCCUCCCUCCCCACUCAGUCUCAAACGCCACCUGAGCAACAGGAGCAAGCGCAGCAACAGCAGCCACCGCCGCACCAUCCUCCACUGAUUCCCCAGCCGCCUAACUUCCCCCAAGGAAUCCUGCCCCCGUUUCCUCCUGGGAUGUUCCCUCUCUGGCCUCCCAUAGGUCCAUUUCCUCCAGUGCCUGGUGUCCAGCCACCCAACAAUGCAGAGAAUCCCUCUGCUGCUUCCAGUGUACCCUCCACUUCAGGCAUUCAGACAACAGCAAGUACCUCGAGACCUGGUGGUGAUUCAGCAUCUGGAUCUGACACAGCCCCUGUGGGAGCAGUGCCUGGCUUUCCCUUCCCUCCCCCAUGGAUGGGAAUGUCAUUGCCACCUCUAUUUGGCUUCCCUCCCAUGCCUGUGCCACCCGCCGGGUUUGCUGGGUUGACAGAUGAAGAGCUCCGUGCCAUGGAAGGCCAUGACCGGCAGCAUCUGGAAGCCAGGCUCCAGUGUCUGCAGAACAUCCACACACUCCUAGAUGCAGCCAUGUUACAGAUAAACCAGUAUCUCACCGUUCUGGCGACCAUUGGGUCACCCCGUCCUACGCAGCUGCCAAGCUCCCUAAACACUUCGACCUCCUCUCAAGAGCCACCCACCAGAGAAUCCACCACUUUCAAUUCACCCAACAGUACCUCUUCCCCAGGGACCUCUCCAGCAGUGGAACCAGACUCAACAGGUCAAACAGAUGAUCCAUCUGGAUUGGUGGGUGCGGAGGGAUACACAGAGCCAGCUGGGCACGAGGAAGAAGAGGAGCAGCCUUUACCGGGGGAGCCUGACACAGCUGAGCUUCGCAGGCGCCGGCUUCAGAAACUGGAAUCCUCCUCUCCCCCUUCCCAUUGA